GAGAGGGACGGAGUUGGGCUCACGGUACAUGCAACAACCAACGGCGACGCUGCCGCCUUGCCUCCAGACCCGCGACAUCGACCGUACUACGACCUAGUUGUGGCGGUGCUGGCUAUGGGUGGAGAGUCCAAGGAAUCUCAGGAGGAGAUCGCGAGAGUGCGAAAGGUGUACGCGAGAUACGGCUCGGAGGUUGUUCCUGAUGGUGGAUCUGAGGCACCGCCGUUGACGUUUCGAGUCGUGUUUGUCGUCGGCAGGGCGGGGUUGCCCGACGAUCACGAGCUGCCGGAGGCGGGGUUGCUGCGGGGAGACUUCUAUCACGUGGACGUCCGAGAGGGAUACGCCCACUUGAGCGAUAAGACCAAGGCCAUGGCAGGACUGGCAGAGCAUCUCCGGUUUCGUUUUUUGGCCAAGACGGACGGGGACACGUUUCCGUGUCUCGCGCGCGUGACGAAGCAGCUGGUAAACUUGCCCGGGGAGCAGCAGCCGAGAGUCUACGCUGGGAUGUUGAACAAGUGUGGUACGGUUUUCCCGAAGGGGCACAAGCUGUACGACCCAGAGUUCUUGGCUGCAACUGGGGGAACCAUCGACUGCCAUCCGAUGUACCACCAGGGAGCAUUCUAUAUUCUCGGGGUGGAUAUUGUAAAUUACUUGAACAGGAGCAGGGAUAUGCUCACGGUGAUGUCGGUGGAGGACGCUAUGAUGGGGCUGUGGCUGCUUGGUGUCGAUAAGGUGAUGCUUGACAUCGGUGGAAGCUUCUACUGCAAGUGCUUCACCCACCCGGUGCCGCAAAAGAAGAUGUCAUUUUACCACUUUUGUAAGACGGACGAAAAAAUGGACGUCUGCUUGCGCGAGUUCGGUGCUUGUUGA